AUGAUCUCCACCGACCGGCAAAAGAAGCAAUUUCAAGAAAAGAUGACAUCCCUCAACAAGGGCUUCAUCAAAGCGCUCCAACAAUGGACAGAAUCGUGCCCUCACUAUGAUCUCUCGCCCAGCGUCAAGUCCUACCUGCAGCACGUCAAGGCACUCGACGAUACCUACGCAAAUGACACGGCUACGCCCGGCAAUCGUCCCAUUGCCAAGGCCCGUCGCAAGUUCGAUCAAAGCAGCUCGGAGACGCCCAAAACUUCAAGCGGCCUCGGCGCCGUGUCGUCAACGCCAUUCACCAAUGCCCCAAAGUUUCGAUUGUCGGACGUCUCGGUGAUCGCGCCAAUUAAUACACCAGAUCGCUCUGCGGCCCCGGAGUCUGCAAGCUUGCCCAGCGGUACCAGCCGAAAACGGGCAAUGCGGGGAGGCGGACCACUUGGAGAACCCGAAACCGUCGUAUUCCGUGAUCAGGACAAAGCCGCCGAGCCGAAAUCAAACCUCGGCGCCACGUUAGCUGGACUUCCAUCAUUUCCGAAACCCGGGCCCGAAUUCUGGGGCUUUGGCAAAAAGGCCGAAGAUACGUCCAGCAGUUCACCGGCAAAAUCUGCUGAGCCUAAGAAAGACGAACCUGCCAAGGAAAAGCCAGCCCCAGCACUGGGCGGAUUCACGUUCAACGCCGGAGCGCAAAAUGGGGAUGAUACUAAGAAAGAUGCGGCACCCAGUUUCCCGAACUUCUUCGGUGCCUCCGCAAAGUCGACCGAGGGGCCUAAAUUCCCAAUGUUUGGAACUUCUGCACCAAAGACUGGUGACGCGCCUAACGAUGCCCCAAAGUUGGCAUUCCCGAGCUUCUUCGGGUCGAGUGCACCGUCGGCGGAUGGGACCGUGAAGCUUGCCUUUGGACCUUCUACGGACGCUCCCAAAGCCGAUGACCAAGAUGGUGAGGAAGGUGAAUAUGUCCCUCCAAAGGCUGAAGUCGUCGAGAACAAGGAGCCAGACGCGUUUUACAGCAUCAAAUGCGCCGCCUUCAAAAUGAACAGGGAGAAGAAAUAUGACAAGCUCGGCGUCGGCAUGUUCCACAUGAAGGACGUCGAUGGCAAGAAGAGCGUGCUCGUACGUGCAGCGACGACCGUCGGAACCGUCUGGGUGAAUGCGCUGAUGAAUUCGUCGAUGAAGCUCGCUAAGCAGGAUGACACCAAGCUGCGGAUAAUCUGCCCGACCGGCGAGGGAGAGAUUUCCAUCUACCUAUUCCGUUUUUCCUCCAAGACCGACGCCGAGAAAGUUCUGGAGACUAUUGAAAAAGAGACAAAG